GGAUUAUAAAAAAUAUAGAUAAGUGUUCAGUAUCAAAAUUGGCUAAAUGAUUAGGAAACAUUUUGCCAUAUAGGAAAACCACAAUAAAAAUUUGAGGUUUAUGUUUGAGGAUUAUUACCAGUUAUCAACUUGGAGGUACCUGAAAUUAUUUUUUAAUGAUAAUGAUGAAUUUCGGACAACUCUUAUGUACUUCAGUACUUUUGUUUUCGAUGUUACAUUUAACAUCUUCAUUCGCUUCGACAGUUGAUGAUUUGGUCAGACAAUGGGCUCCCUUGGUGUGGCUUUCCCCGGGCGAAAAAUUCAUGCCAUACGAUGUCGACAGUUUCUUGAACAACGUUUACGUGGCCGACGAAAAUGGAAAACGCAUAUUUCCCAAAUUGGAUAGAAACGUAUCGCAAUACAGGACAAAAGGAUGGCAUUUAAACACGUAUCGACCGAUUGGAGAGUUAUUAAACGACACGAAUUCGUAUUUGUAUGGUUCGAAUCCGACCGAAAAUUCAGUUCCAAUAUAUGCGUUAGUGUCUGAAUGCAAUUCAUCGGGAAGAACGGAAAAUGAUGUGCAAGAUAACGCGGAAAACGUUUAUUUCCAUGUUGCUUAUUGGAUAUUUUACCCAUACAAUCUAGGGAAAGAAGUUUGUGUAAUUGGAAAUAUUCCUACUGUAAAAUUGUUUAACACUUGCAUUGGAUCGACGAAAACUUUAGGCAAUCACAUCGGAGAUUGGGAGCAUAUGAGUUCGUCGUUUUUCAAAAAAAAUUCAACAGUUCCAAAUUCUUUGUACGUGGCUGUGCACGAUGCUGGUGCCUAUUACACUUAUAACGAAGAAAACAGGACAUUCCAAUUCCAAGAAGUAAAAAAACAGAACCAGUUGGUCCAAACUCCCAAGUUUCCUAAAAUUGUCCGCACUCAAGGCGAUCAUCCUGUAUUAUUUUCUGCUAACGGUUCGCACGGAUUGUGGUCAACUGCAGGUGAAAAUGAAUACAAUAAGUUACCGAAACUAACGGACCGAACAGGGUACGGAACUCCUUGGAAGACAUGGAACAACAUUCAAAUUUAUCAUUUAGGAAAAGAACCGUUGCCAUACUGGAUGAAUUUCCGAGGAACUUGGGGAAACCCGAAGAAGAAUUGUCUAUUAAUAAAAAAGCUGGGACUUUGCGAAUAUUUCGACGGUCCUGAAGGUAUAAUUCGACAAAACCAGGAUUAUUACUGCUGAUUGAGUGAGUUUCGUUGAAUAAAAAUGGCUCCAACAACUUAUUUAAUCGACCAGAUUGUUCAAUAUAGCCAUUUCAAAAGAGAUGGCGCUACCUGUUAGUAAAUACCACAGAACAUACUUAAUGUUAAAUAUAGAGUUAUAGGUAAAUAGAAUUGUCGGUAAAUAGUAAAUUUAAGCAAAUAUUUUAGAUUUCAUGAAAAAUAUAGUAGAAUUUUUGUAAAGUUCGUGAACAACUAUAGUUGAUUUUAUAGUUUUCAGAAAGUCCUGGUAAAAGAUUUAGAUAAAAUGAAUGUAUGUAGGUAGGUAUGUACCUAUAGUUUUAUUAUAUCAUUA